UGUCAAGCCUAUAAAAACGUGUGGAACGUUUUGGUUUUUGGCGCCGGCGUGUAUAAUAGGCGCCCUAAUCCACGAAGAAGAAGAAGAAGAAGUGUAUAAUAGGAUAUUGUGAAAUAUUGUACAUUUUUUGAGCUUCUGUCCUAUAUUUGCUUUGGACACUACGCCCUUUCAUAAUAAUUUGAUCCGUUGACACAUUGAAUAAAGAAAGCCAACCAUGAGCAAGGCGCAUCCUCCGGAACUGAAAAAGUUUAUGGACAAACACAUGACAUUGAAGCUGAACGGCGGCCGCCAAAUCGAGGGGGUGCUCCGCGGCUUUGACCCGUUCAUGAACCUCGUGCUGGACGAGAGCCUCGAGGUCUCAAAGAGUGGCCAGCGCUCCAAGAUUGGCAUGGUGGUGGUUCGCGGUAACAGCAUCAUCAUGAUGGAGUCGCUAGAGCGGAUCUGAUCGGACACCCCGCCCCCUUCGGUCGCCGCCACUCGCCGCUCGAGCGGUUCACCUUGCAUCGUCACAUCGUCCUGUGCCGUCUCAUGUCAUCAUGAUCAAUAAACAGGUGUAAAGCCCUCACAA